GCAGUCCUCACUGAUGCAUUGUGGGAAACUCCCAAGUUUUUUUGCAUCCUCCCUCCCCGCCCCCCGCAGCCUCCCUCCUCUCUGCAGAAGAGCCGGCUCCCGAGGUGGGACUUGUGCGAAGGGCCAGAGAAGCGAAGGUGCUGUAUCAUGUCCAGGUAGGACACUACCAGUCGGAAUCAUCCCAAGGCAACUGCUCCAAAGGGCUGAGUCGUCCACCUGAGGUGACUCCUCGGCCUUCUCCAGCAGCGGGGCAAAGGAAAAGAGCUGGCACUGAGCAUCUGACGUCAGGUCGCUGUCCACAGCAUUUGUAGGGAUGGAUUCCAAAGGCAACGUCCGAAGCGGAAACAAACCUGAUGCCAAGGCCCCCAGCUCCGGAAAGGCAGAAAAGCCCAACCCUGGGCCUGCCACGAAUGCAGACAAGAAGGAAACCCCUUCCAAAGAGCAGCCUGCCCCUGCCGCUGCCACCUCUACCACCAAGAAGGCAGGUGGGGAUGCUGCCAUUGUGAACAACCACAGCAACCUGAAACCCAGUCCCGCUGCCACGGAGACACAAGAGGCCACCGGCCAGUCCCCUGACUCUGACAACAAGGGAAACAGCAGUGAGGAGUCGCCAGGCAGCAUCUUUGACAACAUGAAGCCCUUGAUCAUCGUUGGAGGAGUGGCAGUGGCUGCACUCGCUGUGAUUGUGGGAGUGGCGUUCCUAGCCCGGAAAAAAUGAAGACGGAGACAGGGUGGGGCUGAGAAACCCAACCCAGCUGUACAGUUCCUUUUGAGACAAAUGCAUGCAGAAAAUUCUAUACAUAUCUAUAUAUAUAGAGUGAGCUAGCUAGGUCAACAACCAACACCAACUGCAAAUCCAAGAGUCUUGUUCAGGACAACUGUGCCAGUUUGACCCAAUGUGGGUAACUCCAUGCACUCAGUGUGUUCUUUCAUGUAAUAUAUCUUGGCUUAUACCACUGUGUAUAGAUUACAGCUUCUCCUGAUCAGUGUAAAUGAUGGUGUCCCCUCCCCUCCCCUGCUGUCCUCCCUGGGAGACACCCCCAUCUUUCUUGCAGUCCCCUGUUUUCAACUCCAAAGUGUUCUUCGUCCCAUCCAGAGUCCCCACUUUGUGUUUUGGUUUCUGUAUGGUUUGUUUUUAAGUUGGGCUGUGGUAAAGAAGAUGGAAGGGGAGGUGGAGCCUAGUGCUAAGACCUGGUUCUCCUGUCACUGUGUGCUGGGCUGGUGUUCAUCCAGCACCCACCCAGUGCAGGGGAAGCACUGGGCAAUCACAGGAGAAGGCAGCUAUUUGACCCAAACAGUAAAGUGUGAUCUCUAAUAGACGUCUUAUGUACCUGCUGCUCAUCAUCCCAACUUUAAAAAAAACAACUCUAAACCACCCCAGAGAGAACACAAGCUGGCUGUAGCUGGAGGCUGAGAUUGCAUCAUGGUAGAGCCGAGUAUGCAUCUCAGGACAUCACGCGAAGUCUUUUUGCUGGCUGAGCUGCCAGCUGGAGAAUGAGCAAAGGCGGCCGUACUGUGCCCAACAGCGCAGUCAGCAGUGCAUGGAGAUAUCUGGCUAAGUCCCAUGCCGACUUCUGGCAGACAGAGAGCAGCUGCUAUCUGCUUAGUUUCUUGCAUGCUGGCAGGCCGCCUUCAGUAUCUCAUGGCUUGCCAAGGUUGGAUGGGCAUCGUUCAGCUAUGGAGAGGCUUUGUUUCGGAUCUAGUUUUUCCCAAAUUUAGGCUGCGCUUUGCAGGAUGCUGUGACCUCAGCCCAAACUCCAAGUCAGCUGGACUCUUUCUGUUCAUUUCCUGGGGCUUUGGAUCAGGCCCUUCAUCUGAAUGUUUUCCCACUAAAGACUGUGGCCUCUCUGUACAUGACGAGAUAGGGAAAAGGGACAAGACCUGGUUUUAGGGGCAGACAGGAUCUAGGACCCCAUGAGAAUAGCUGGGACCUCACGAAACCUGCUUUGCAUCAGGGAAACCCUAUUCAAGAGCACUGGAAAUCCAUCUAUCCUAGAGGGAUCUCUGUCCUCCUUCCUAUGACAGUAGCAGGGAUUUGUGACUCUUCCAUGCUUUGAAGUUGGAAACAAUUUUCCAGCACUCAGGAACAGACUGGUUUCAUUGGUGAGUAUCUCAGAUCUAAAGCCAGACCUUGUGAGGAGGAAGAGAAGGAAGGCAGAUGGCAAGAGGGAGUGUUUAAUGCAUUGGCUGAUGCCCUUCCCACAACACCAAGAACAGUGGGCAGAUCUCAUUAUUCUGAGGGUUUAUAUUAGGUUUUUUUAGUUGUUGUGCUACUGCAAGGAAAAGUCUUUAACUUAUGUACUGUUUUUAAAUAGGGUCAGAGCUGGGAUGGGGUCAGAACCACAGAGAAUGAGUCCUGGGAGCUCAACAGCAGUCCCAGCUAACAGGCAAGGUGUGGGAGUGAUGCUUAGCAGAGGCUGCAAGAGGAGGGAGUGAGAUCAGUACAGAUUAGUAAAAGGGCCUAAGUGAUAUGUGUUUAAUUGAGCCUGGAUGUAUAUAUUCAGUGCGUACCAGGCAAAAAAAAAGGUGUACAUUCCUCAGGUAUUGCCUCUGCAAUAUCUGGUUCUGGCAAGAUUAGUGGAUAGGAUGGUGGAUGUGUACGACCCAAUCUGGUAGUAUUUCUCUUGGCUUAUGUCUUUCUUAUUUACCUCCAAAUUUGGUUUGUUGGAUACACAUGGCCUCCCAAAACACAAAGCCUUUUGAUGCAGUCUGGUCAUUCCUGUGGUGAGAUCUGUCAUCUACUUCUUUUUCCCAAGGCUCCUAAAAUAUUCCCAAAGGUAUGCAGCCUCUGGGAGUAUCUGAUGCUGUCUUCAGAUGAACAACAGACUGCACACAACUAAAGUUUUAGGUCUAUGUCUACCUUUAUCAGUACAGACAAAGGGAAUGGGUUCAAAUGUUGGGUUCACACUGUUUUUGGACUAAGUGCUAGCAGCCACAGGUGAAAUCCUGGUAGCUUAAAGCACUUUUGGCCUGUAUUCUGAAUGUAUCUCCUAGUAACUGUGUAUCAUCUAGAGCCUGGAAAACGUCUUGUUAUUGAACUAGGGAUCCAUGGCUGGGUGUUUCUAUGUCAUUUUUGCCUGAAGAACUGAUUUUCCUUCAUCCUGUUUUGCAAAUGCUCAGAGGUUAAUUGGGAGGGGAGAGGGCAAACAAUAAAAAGGGAGUAUGAAAGGUGAUGGGAAAGCAGAGUUGUGAAAGAGAGAAGCUCAGAAGCAGUCCCAGCAUGGCUCCCUGGCUGCGACUGCAGCGGAGCCUUGAGAGAGGACACAGUGAGGCCGCUGCACCUCCCUGCGUCUAAACUAAGGCAUCUGGGGGUGCUGCAAAGCCUCCAAACCCUGGCAGUGCCCUGGCCAUACUUGCACCCUGAACUGUGUGUCCUGGUUUCCCCGCAAGGGAAACCUGGGUACACAAGCAAGAAGCCAACUGCAGCGCAGUCCAGCCAGGAACAUGGUCUAUACAACUGUGAGGCUUGUGCCCCCUGGGUACAGCAUAAGGUGUACUUGCAACCAGCUACGAGGGACCCAUUCCUGGGCUCUCCUUCCCUUGGACCUCUGAAGCACAAGGCUCUCGGCUACAGGGGAAUUUUGGUUAUGUUGCUCAUGAGGGAGGAAAUCCAGCUACCCCUGUUCUGAUUCAUGUUUUGUCAAUGUAGGGUUGGUGAUUUUCAGACAGUGACUUCUGUUUUCAAGAGGGAGUCCUGUCUUCACGAGAUGCUCCUAGCUGCCCUGUCUGCUCUCUCCCUCUCAGCCUUUGGUGUACGAGUUUUCUAGCAGUGUGUGGUAACAUUACAGAUGUAGCAUCUAGCUACUCUGCACAGACCAGCAUAGACAGAGACAAGGGGAGGAAAGAGAAGCACUGCUUCACUUCAGUCUCUUUUUUUUCUUUUUUUUUAAAAAGCGUUUUUAUAUCUUUGCUUUAACCUUUGGUAACAGAAGAGGGAAAAACAGUUCUCAGCCAACAUGGGCCAAGACCUUAACUAUUUCUGUUCACAUCUGACCCCCUUCUUAGAGCAGUCAGAUGCAAGGCCAGUAAUUUCAUCUGAAAACACACCAUAGGAAUGGUGAUGGGACUGCAGCUCAUCAUCUGGGAAUGUAACCAUAUGCUAAAUCUCCUUAGGCAGCGAACAUGGUAUGUCCUGCCCAUAAGGGAUCUUUCACUUACUGUGACUACUUAACAUUUUUGUCUGCUGUCCAGAGUCAUUAUCUGGAACCGAGCUUUUUGGUGGUUUGGAAAACACCUGUGUUUACGUGUGUGUGUGUGUAUGUGUAUAUACACAACCCUGCCUUCAAGACUAUUCUGUAUAUGUAUGUAUGUAUGUAUGCAUACAUAUAAUAUAUAUAUUUAUACUACUGCAGUCUGGGUAAAGCCACAUUCUUUGUAGGAAAAAGCAAAACGGACCUGGAGACAACCCUUCAUUUGUUCCCCUGCAUUCAUACAAAGCAUUCGUGAUGUCUUUUUUGUGCCAUUCACCUCAUGCCAUGCAGCACUUGAGUUCUCUUUUUGAUCCUGGUUUCUUAUCACUGCAAAGAAUGUACGGCUAGUGAACUGUUGAAUGUACAAUGUCCCCAUUGUGCUAGAAGCUCAAAAUUACCGUUCUCUUCCCUCAAUAGUCAUGUGGGCUACUUGCUUUAAAAUAAGGCACCUCUUUUAGACUAUACUGAACUAUACUGGACUGUGUUGUAGCGCUUUUCGAAGUGUGGGUCUAGUGUUGAUUUGAGUCAGGUAGAUCAAGCAUAGAUGCCAUACAAGCUCCUAAGCACGCAGCUGGGACAAUGCACUUCAGUCCUGACCUGCAAAUGACACCCGUUUUUAGCAGACACCUCCUGUUAUGCCUUGAUGUGCCAGGCCGUGUGGUGGUUUCAUUUUGAGAACAAAUGUCCAGCGAGAAGUAGGCUGAGAAGAGCAAAUUCAUCUCUCUCAGGAUCAAAGUGAGAUUGAAGGCUUAAAUGAUUGAACUCGCUGUGCUAAAUAAAUAGUUGUCUUUUCUCGUA